AGGGGUUUGUGUGUCCGUGAGGUCCUUGAGGUGUCCCCGGUACCGUGACCCCGCGUCACGGGUGUCCCCAGUGCCGUGGGUGUCCCCGCAGGACGGGGUUCCCUGGGGGACACGGGGUGCUGCACUCUCGGUAGUUGCCAUGGCGAGAGGACCCACGCGGUCCCGGGGGCACCCGGGGGUGGCGGCAGAGACUGGGACCAGCGCCCGGGGCGGGCGGGGACACGGGGCAGGACCGGGACUGCGGCUGGGACUGGGACUGGGACUGGGUGGGAUCGGGACUGGGACUGCGGCUGGGACUGGGACUGGGACAGGGACUGGCACCAAUAGCGGGACCCCGGCCGGCGCUGGGAGCAGAAGCAGCGGCGGACCCCCCAUGGCAGAAAGCGACGACCCCCCCCGCCGGGACCCCGCCCCCGCUGGCCCCCGCACCCAGCCCUGCCGGCCCGUGCCGAGGGUCCACGCCUUUGGAAAGGGGGAGCAGGCGCUGCGGAGGGACCCCCGCACCCCCCCUGCCAUGCAGGGCUGGCUGCACAAGCAGGACAGCUCGGGGCUGCGGCUCUGGAAGCGCCGCUGGUUCGUACUGGUGGAUCUCUGCCUCUACUACUACCGGGACAGCAGCGAGCAGCAAGUGCGGGGCGGCCUCCCCCUGCCCGGCUACGAGAUCCGCGUCCUGCCGGCCGCCCCCCGCGCCCCCCGCGCCCCCCAGUUCCUCUUCACGGCUGAACACGCCGGGAUGCGAACGUACUGCCUGGGGGCCGAGAGCGCCGAGGAGCUGCACGCCUGGGUCUGUGCCCUGCGCCGGGGGGCAUCGGCCCUGCCCGGCUCGGCCCCCUCGCUCUCCCAGCAGGCGCUGCAGGAACCCCGGAGUGCGGAUCCUCCCUCGGCCCCACUGCCCACGCACUCCCCGGGUGAGGGGCUCGGGGGCACACCCGUGCCCCCUCCUUGCUGCCCCCCAGUCCCUCCACUGCCCCACAGCGAGGUGCCCCAAGCCCAGGAGGAGUCCCCGGCGCCGGGGGGGCCGCGGGGACACCCCCAGCCCGAGCCCGCAGCGCGGAGUCCGAGGAAGCCCCGCCCUCCUGGAGCAGCUCCGCCGGAGCGAGACACCGGGACCAGUCAGCCACCGGCCUCUCCAACCGCCUCUUCUGAUUGGCUGCCGAGCGCCGCCGGGCUCGCGGGCACCGCCCCCGCUCCGGCAUCCAAUGAGGCGUCGCGACAGCGGCGGGAGGGGGUGGGGGGGCGUGGCCGGGCGCGCGAAGGUGUGGCCGGGCGGCCAAUCAGAAUCACGCUGCUGCAGGCCAGCUUCUGAGGGGGCGGGACCGGGCCGAGGGGGCGGGGCCCGGUGGGCACGCGCGGCGCGCGGCCCCGCCGCGGUGCGGAAGAUGGCGGCGGGAGCG